ACAAACGACUUUCGUACAACGAACACUCCCGGGUCACAUGAUCAUAAAGGUUUUUAUUUCUGCACGCAUGCGCGAGGGUUGUCCACUGGCUCUGACACUAAGCGUCGAAAAUGGCGGAAUCUUUGAGACGGCUUGUGAACAUCGAAACAUUUUCUGUUCUGCAGGAGAAACUUGAAAAAUGGCAGAGCGACUACUAUGUGAACACAUGUGACCAGAACACGGCCCGCUGCUGCGAGAUCAUCGAGCUCAAUGCCAAAGUUCAAGGUCAACUGUUCAAGCUGCUCAGCCUGUGUGCACAGGAAGGUGGUAUGUACGGUGGUGCCAACAUCAUCAAGUCCCGCCUCCUGCCAUGGCUGGGCCAGAACUUCUUCACCUCCGGCGGAGCGGUCACCGCAGACACCAGUCUCAGCGUGCUGGCCGAGGCCGCCGCCAAGGACAGGGAACUCUCCGACCUGCAGGAGAUGUACGAGAAGUCGCUGGACGACCUUGACAUUGAGCUGCAGAGUGCGCGCAACGAGAACCAGGAUCUCAAGGAUGAACUCCAGGAGACGAAGCUUGAGCUGGACCGCAGCGUGCGCGCCUCGAGCAGUGACAAGAUGUUCACAGAGCUGGAGGUCAACGACCUGAAGCGCAAAUUGGCUUCCGCUGAAGACGAGGUGCGUACCCUCCGCACCAAAUCUGGGCUACUGGCCGAGUACCAGACGGAGGUCCGUCGUCUCCGUGACGACAUCGCUCUGCUAUCAGCCCGCAGGGAUGUACUUCUGCGCACGCCAGAGCUGUCCAGCUACGAACCCGUUCGCAGCAAACUGGAGGACAAGCUCAGGGUGUCGGACAAGCCCCAGGACAAACUGACCGUACUGCGGGCUGCGCGGGUCUCGGCUCAGAACGCCGAUUAUGACCGUAAGAUCGAUACGCUCAGAAAGGAGAUGGGCGAGCCAAAAGGGACAGAUGACUUGAGCUUGUACUACCGCUACAUCCCGGGCCCCACCUCCCCUUUGAGCAUCGACGACACGCUGCAGCGAAUCCGCCAGCAGAACUUGAUCGCCCGCUUCAACGACAUGUUUGCCCAGGACCGACUCUCCACCAUGGACACUCUCCGACGCUACUCCGAUGACCAUGAGAACAACCAGCGCAUCAUCUUCGCCUGCAUGCAGGAAGCCUUCAACACUGCCAAAGUGGAGUUCCGCAGCUUCAAGAUGAAGACGCGAGCCAACCUGGCAAAGACUCACUACGGGCCAGAUACCCUGGAGGAGGCUGUGCAGGACUACAUCAACCGCAACAUUGACCUCUACGACCUGCCGGGGAUGGUCUCGGAUGUGAUCCGUGGUCUGAACCGUAACCCAAAGAUCUUCCUGCCCCCCGACACGAGCUACGCCGUCUGCCAGCCAUUCAUCCGGGAGGCGGUCAAACUGGCAUGGCAAAUGAGUGCCCUGGCACACCCACUUGACAUCGCCGUGGCAACAGACGCUGAGCUUUUUGAUGACACCAAAUACCGCCGCAGCUACGACUCGGAGUACACCGCACCGCUGGUCAACCACCACAUCUGGCCGUGUCUGGUGCAAGGGGUUCGAGUCCUGGUCAAAGGCGAGGCCCUCACCAAGAGAGGAGCUUCCUUGGGUUCCCCACGACGAGCCCGUAGCCCCGCCCGCGCCGCCAGCCCCGUCAGAGCCCUGUCCCCGAUCGCCCGAUCCCUUAGCCCCAGUCGCUUCCGCAGCCGAUCCCCCAGCCCAGGACAGAGGGCCCGGUCCCCCGCACGCCGUGCACGCUUCACAUAGAGCACUGGGCCGAGUGUGUACCUUCUAGCAGAAGACUUUGAAGAAGCCACUGCUAGGUGUGGGGAAGAAUGGAUCCAGGUUGGAGGCUAGCCGCCGGUAGUCGAUCGUUACCUUGGAGUGUGUGAGGACCUCACUGUCUGGGAAAUAGAUUCUAGUUUGUGCACAAUGCGUUGUGAACGGAAACUUUAAAUGUAUCUUGGCAGCAAUUUAAUGCGAUAUUAAUACAACGAUUUCCCUGAGGUGAUUUUUGGCUUUUCUUUUCUGAUAACUAAUGUUGAUGGCGGUGCCACGGAUUGAGAAUAUUUCUCCUUCAAUAUUUCUCAACAGUUUUUUAAAAGGAGUGGUCAGUCAUUCCAAAUUUUUUUUCAAAUAAAAAUUCUUUUCACCCCCCUUUUCACGGCAAGAAGUGUACGUUGCAGCCACUUGAUAUGAUUAAGAAUCCAGUCUGAUAUCUCUUGCUACUCAAACGUUUUGUGCAUCGUUUUUUUGUUUUUUUUCGUCCUUAUACAAGAUGACUAGAUAGUUACAUCCUAUACUUCCGACUAUUUAUUUUCCUGGUACUUUCUAUUUAUAUUUAUUUACAGAUUAAUUAAGCAUUAUUUCAUUGGAUGUGUGUUUUGAUCCUGGUUUUCGUUGCGUUGUCUUCACUGCGUGUGAGAACGUGAGCUUUUUUGCUACUUGAUUUAGCGACAUACAGCUAUUGUUACUGCGUUGAGUUACGUAUGACUCAACUAGCCUCGACUUGUUGCUGAUGUACUGAGCCCCAGAUAAUGUGAUACUAGUGACCUUUGAACUCUUCUCUCCUCUCACCUGACCUCUGCCGGGUGAGCUGUGAUUCUGAGGGUUUUUUUGAAGGCGCUAGGAAUUUGAUUUUUAACUUGUAGUUACUUUGUACACAUUGUUUUUGUUCAGAAUUAUGUUAGAGAAUUUUCAGCACUGUAAUGAUAUAUUUAUGAUUUUUAUCAGACUUGCCAAACUUAAUUGCGAAAGUUUUGUAUUAUAUUAGUUUUUUGUUUCGUUUUUUUCAUUCCAAUGAUUGAAAACAUUUUUCUAUAAAUGUGCUAAUGUGACCCUUGGGAUGAAAAUCGAAAGCUUGUGUGCUUCGUAAGUCUGUAAAGAGCAGUGAAAAGACAUGAAUGUUGCAGCUCAGAUGGAACCUGCACAGGGGAUAGAAGAAGUAAGCUCAGAUCUCUCUACUGUUUGCCUUGUAGGUGCUCACUAUGAACAAUGAACGAGUUCAAGGAAGUGAACGCAACGCGUUCGAGAAAAGGAAAAUGACUAUGUUAUCGUUAGCGCCAGAAUCAGUCACAUGGACACUGAGAGCACCAUUAACCAUAGCUGUCGGUGUAGUAGAUAGUGUCGUGGGCCUUUCCACUCGGCUGGAUAUUUCCCCAUCUCAUCGAGCAUCCGUUCUCUUCUCAUCUUAGGUCAUUGUUUUAAACUUCUCUCUUGCAAUUGGCCCACUGUCCCAGCAUGGGCCCGCCUCUGGGCCACUGUGGGUCCGCAAUCAGCCCAUCAUCGGCCUGUCAUCAGCCCAUCGUGGGCCCACCAUCUGCCCGCACCAGGCCAAUAUGGGCCCGCCAUCAGCCCACCGUGGGCCCGCCAUCAGCCCACUUGAGACCAUGACCCAGCACCCUAUAUAUCUGCACCCGCUAUGUUUGACCUCAAACAGUACAUGAGCUAGAAAUUUUUUUUUCGGUAUGGGUAUGACAAUGGUUGUAAAUCUUUCCCCUUGUCGUAAAUAAAUGCACAGCUAUUUAUCUUACUCGGUUUUUGCAAAACUUGUACGAGGCAAGACCAGUUUACACUGGUCGUAAUGUACCUGUUGAUGAUGAUUUUUUCACACUGCUAUAAGAACACAAUCGGAAAAGGUUAUGUAGAUAUUCCACAGAGGUACUAUUUUUAUCGUGUGACAUUGCGACGCGUCGUGACUGAGUGCGAAAAAUUCCUGCAAAGGGGUUUGAUCAGCGUUACUAGAAUGAAAGUCAAGAUAGUGGGUGUAUUUUUAGGUGAAUUUGGUGUCCGCACUUUUCUUUAAAGAUUGUACCCCAUUUGAAAAUGUGGUCAUUUAUCUAUGUGCUGAAAACAGAAAUUUGAGCGUUGAUAUGAAAUUAUUCCAUAAAAGUUAGACACUAUGUUCAAAUCAGUCUUUAUGCGAAGACUUGACGAAGGUGUUUGAUAUUGUUGAAAAUGCUACCUUUCAUCCCGUUAGUUUUCUAAUAAGGGUUUUGGUGUUUUAAGAAAAAAAUCGUUUCUUUGAAAAGGUUUCUGCGCUUAC